GGGGCAUUGUGGGGAGGGGGGGCUUACCUUUCUCCUCCCGCAGCUUACUGCCAAAGAACUUGGAGGGUCAGGCCAAAGUCCAAAAACCUGAUGCUAGAGAAUUUGCUCCAGGUGAAACAAAAGGUGGUUCACAGAUGCCAGGCAUUGGACUGACUUUUCUGGCAGUGAAAGUGCACAAAUUUCAGGGCGGUGCUCUGGCAUUUUGGAAGAAAUGAAAAGCAUCUCUCAUCACCAUGGUUGGCCGGCCUGAAAUGCAUCCAAGAAAGGGUCACAAGAGGUGGAUAGUCAUACUCCUUGGCAUGGCCCUGUUAGCCACAGAACUUACCUUAGGAGCUGCGGAAGAGACUUGUAAUUGUAGCACAGCUAUUGAUUUCGAUUUAUUCCAGACUGAAUUGGUUCCUGAGAUAUGCUGUGUGAAUCUUAGCAGGACUAACAUUGCCACCUUGGAUUGGAGCGUUUUUGCUAGGAUUGCAGGCUUGAGAGAGCUCUACCUUUCAAACUGUGGCAUAUCGGACAUUAUCAGAGCAGAUAAUGGCUCUUCAACCCUGGAGAUUCUAUACUUGGACCAUAACCAACUAAGUAAGCUCCCAGACAGUUUCCUUAAAAAUGCACCCAGUUUGCGUGUUCUUCAGUUAGAGAGCAACCAACUCCAGAAAUUGCCUGAAACAUUCCUGGAAGCAUCUGACCAAAUCCAGGAGAUCCACCUUGAUUCUAAUAACUUAACUUCCCUUCCCUCAGGGGUUUUCAAAUCCUCCCUCCUUGAACUAGGCCUCUCCAACAACAGCUGGGAUUGCACUUGCACCUUGUUUGGAAAUCUGGACAACUUUCAGCCUGCACCACUUGACACUGAGAUAAUUUGUAGCACACCACAGCGUUUCCAUGGCCUGAACCUGAAAGACAUUCCUAGGCAGGAACUAUGCCGGAACCAUGCCCUUACAGCUCUCUUCAUCAGUCUACCUUUGGUGGCUGUCCUACUCUUGGUCACCUGCUGCUUUUGCAAACAGAAGAAAAAGACUGGCUAUGCACUCCGUGGUGGGAAGGAAAGCCGCCUAGCAACAGUGGAGAGGAAUGGUGGCAAAGGGUCUGGAGACCAUCACGGCUACACACAUGGUCAUCUGCCCACUGCAUCUGCUGCAGAGAGUGAAAAAAACAUCUUGUUGAGAAACCAAGUCUUGCUGAAGCCUUCAAUUGCAUUACUAGGGAGCAACAGAGACCUCUACGAGGAGAUAGAGAUCAAACUGGGAGCCUCUGAUGAUUCCAUAAUGCAAGGAAACCUUGACCAGGACAAGUCAGGGUCCGACAAACUGGCUGUGGCAGAGGAAAGUGUUGCAGGUGGAGAGUCUGAAGCAGAGACUGUGAGUGUGACGGAUGUUCUGAAGGAUUCAGCAGACCGUGAGAAAUUUUACAUGAACCAGUCAGUAGAUUAUUAUAACUUGGUGCCUGGGAUUGAGCUGGAAGACUCAGACCACAUGGAGUAUGAGAAUGUUGACCUUUGCUGAGGCUGUCUAUUGAAUCCAAUUACUGUAGUCGGAAAUGUGUACCAUGGCUAAUUUUUAUUCAGUCACUUACAGGAGCAGGAACACCAGCCAGAAACACUAUGCAAAAUCCUCAGAUUAUGAGUUAUUUCAUGCAAACAAUGUUAUGCUCUCUAGCCUUUUGUUUCUCUGUCUUUGGUGCCUUUUGUGUGGGAAAUCCACCAUUGUUAAAGAUGAAGAAAAAUUAUGUUAGCUGGUCUAACCCAGUUUGAAAGGUGGGGGGGGGGGACUGGACUCUGUGAAUGGCAACUUCUUUUUAGCUUUUUGUUGCUGUGCAUUUUUGAAAUUUAUUUUGCAGUAGGUUUUUUUUAAGCUUAGGCCCAUAAAGGAAAACAACUUGACAUUUUAUUUUGAGAGACUUUUAGCAUGCUGUUCCAUAUAUACCCUACAUGGGAAUGUCUGGCGAUUCCCUCCUAAAUUCCCAUACUCUCUCCCCUGACCUUUUUUCUUGCUGUGUGGGCUGGUCCCUCCAGGCUCCUUCCCCUGCAAUUUAUGCCAAUUUUGGAUGGAGCUUGCUCUCUAGGAACUUUCUCCAAUUAAGAGCUCAGAUUUCACAUUGCUGUUUAUAUGGAGGAAGAGCAACACCUAGUGGAGAGGAGAGCACACACAUGCAUUUACCAGAAUAAUAUGUUUUCCGAUUUGCAGUAUCCCUUUACAUGGGGAUAAGAAUCAUAUGCCCCCCCAGAUGUUGUUGGAAUAAAAGUCCCAGCAGUCCUAGCCAGCACAGUCAUAUCUGAAAGCACUUACUAUAUUCCCAUUUGAAUAAAAUGCAUCUAAUUUAGGCUUAGGCUAACUGUGGGCCCAAACAGACAAGCCAAAAUAAAGCUGCCUUGGGUCACUUUGGAGGUAUGCUGUUUAAAUUAUGCAUGUGUCCUA